AUGUACGGCGCCAGGCACGGGCAGCGCGGCCUCCCGGGGCGCGCCGUGCCGCGCAAGGUGCAGCGCGUGAUGCUCCUCGCGUGCGCCGCCGUCGGGCUGUUCGGAACGUUCUUCAUUCUCCAGGGGCACGUCAUGGAGACGCUCGCGAGCGACAGGCUGCAGCACAACUGGCGGGGCACAGAUAUAAAGCGGCACACGUCAGUCAAGGAUGUCCUAUCCCACGUGCACGGGUUCAACAUGACUCAGGAGGACGCCGAGCGCGCGCGGGAUUCCGACGCCCCCGGCGCGGACGACGCCUCGCAGGCCUCGCCAUCUGCGCGCCACAGCCUCCACCAGCGCUCCGUCCUCGGCGCCCACAUCGUCGAGAUCAGCGACGCCGACAUCGACCCCGGCCCGAUCGCCGCCGCGGUCAUCAGCCCGACCACCGGCGCGAUCUCGAGCGCGUGGGUCGCCCAGCCGGCCGACGACGGCGCCCGCAGCGGCGCCUACGUGCCGCACAGCGCCAUCUGGCACGGGAUGUACGUGCAGGGUCGGUGGCAGGUCGGAGACGCGCCGAUCGCGGAAACCUCGGACCGGUCCCCGCUCUCGUACCCCAUUAUGUGCACGUACAAUCCGAGGGCGCGCGAGGGCGCCCGGGGGUCGUCGCUGCUCAUGUACACCGCGGCUGUGUCGGCGGACGAUGACAACGGGUUCGCACAGCGGCCCGACGGCGCGGUGGUGGACGCGGAGCGGCGCAGGCUGAUGAGCUCGGGGCUGCGGCCGUCGCCGUUCGUGAUGCAGUUCAUGCAGCACCCGGCGCAUGAGGAGAUCGCGUCUGACGGCAUCGGCAGCGUGGAGUGGACGCUGCCUGUGCGGGUGAUGCUGGCGGGGGACGCGGUGAAGGAGCUGGACAUGGACCACAGCUUGCACAUCUCGUCGUGCGAAAUGCUGGGCGAGUCGCAGUGGGUCGCGGUCGCGUCGUCGUCGUGCCAGGCGGUGUCGCGCGACUGCAUGCAUCACGAGGGCGCGGUUCUGAUGCUCAUCACGCGGGACCGCGGGGAGACGUGGACGGUGCGGCACAUCCACGCGGGUGGCGACGCCGGCGGCGCUGCAGGGAACGCGAUUCUGCACCGGGACCAGGAGACGGGCACCUCGUUGGAAGUCCUCUUGUCGCAUCAACACGCAGCUGCCGAGGCGGGGCAAGGGAACUGCAUCUCGGUGUCGGACCACUUCCCGGAGCCCGGGAGGCACGGGCUGCGAUUCCACCCCUCGUCGCUGCCGUGUCCCGGGGCGCCGCUGUCGGUGGCCGCGACAGCAAACGGGAGGCUGCUGUUGACGUAUGUGCACGCGCCGGAGCCGGAGGGCGCGGGGGCCGAGGGCGCGCGGCUGCGAAAGCCGCGGCACUUCCACCGAGUGCGCCUCCACAAGGGCGCGGGCUUCGACGGGUCCUCGAUGCUGCUGGCCGACGUCGACCCGGGCAACCUGGGUGCGGCGAUCCGGGGCAUGAACGCCGGGGGCCGGCGGCGCAGGGUGUUGGGCGACGGUCUGGACAGCGUGGGGGACGACAAGGCGGUGGAUCCGCAGGAGGACUUCGCGGAGAGCGCUGAGGACACGGGGUGGGUGUUGGCGGUGGCGGUGGCGGAGGACCCGGCGGCGCUGCACUGGUCGAGCGACGCGCUGGUGCUGGAGCAGUGGCUGCCGAGCGAGCGGGGGUGGCUGAGCAAGGAGUUGGGGUUGAAGAAGGAGCCGCGGGUGGGGCGCGCGGUGGUCCUGUACGACGGGUUGCGCAGCGUGCACGUGAUGUACAUGGCGCGCAAGGGGCACCGCAGCGUGGUGCAGCAUAUCGUGAUCUUCGAGGAGGCGCUGCAAUAG